AUGGCAAGCGAUCAAGAGGAAAAGGGAAAGGAGCAGGAUACCCGUCCUGUUGGAUUCUGGGAUCGUGAAUUAAAUACUGUUAGGAAAGAAGUUUUAAAGAAAUGGGCCAUUACAACUCUCAUCCUCUCCACAUUCAUCCUUGCGAUCCUCUCUCUCUACUGGGGCGCCCUCUUCCGCGUCGAGCAAAACAUGUCAUCACUAGUCGUCUGGGUAGUAGAUUUCGACGGGCAAAUUGCACCAUAUACAGAUACAACACCAAUAAUUGGACCGCAAAUUGUGAGCGCAGCCGAGGCCUUGAUUGCUCCAAGUGGUUCUGUAGGAUGGGGAAGUUUACCCGCGAGCCAUUUCAAUUAUGAUCCCAUGGAGGUGAGGAAAGCUGUGUAUAAUUUCAAGGCUUGGGCUGCCAUAAUAAUCAACGCGAACGCCACCGCCCUCCUCCAAAACGCAGUACAGAAUGGAAACACCACAUUCGACCCCAUGGGCAUCGCCCAAACCAUAUACGUACAAGCCCGCGACGAAACCACCCACGCCAACUACAUCACCCCACAACUCCUCGCCUUCCAAUCCCACAUCACCAGCACCAUCGGCUCCAACUGGACCUCCCAAGUGCUCUCCCAAGCCGCUACCAAUCCCUCGAUCCUCACGAAUUUGCGCACCACCCCCCAGGCCCUCUCCCCGGCUAUCGGUUUCUCCACCUACAACCUACGACCUUUUUUCCCACCCGUCGCUACACCCGCUGUGAGCAUCGGUCUUAUCUACCUAAUCAUCAUAUCCUUCUUCUCCUUCUCCUUCUACCUGCCCGUACACACUAAAUACAUAACCCCCCAAGGCCAUCGCCCCAUGCAUUUCUACCAACUAAUUCUCUGGCGCUGGCUUGCAACCAUCAUCGCCUAUUUCUUCCUAUCCCUCUUCUACUCCCUCAUCUCCCUGGCCUUCCAAAUCCCCUUUUCAUCAGGCCAUAAAAAUAUUUCGCUCCCGGCGAAUCCGGCAACGGCCUAUGGAAAGGGUACGUUUGUCGUUUAUUGGAUGCUGAAUUGGGUGGGGAUGGCAGCGCUAGGUUUGGCGUGUGAAAAUGUUACGAUGGUGGUGGGACAGCCGUGGACGGCUUUCUGGUUGGUGUUUUGGGUUAUUACGAAUGUUUCGACGAGUUUUUAUUUGAUUGAUUUGGCGCCCGGGUUUUAUGGUUGGGGGUAUGCGUGGCCGUUGCAUAAUAUUGUAGAAGCAAGUAGACAACUUCUCUUUGAUCUUCAUUCGCGUAUAGGUCUUAAUUUCGGGGUGUUAUUUGUAUGGGUGGCAAUUAACACGGCGUUGUUUCCGGUGUGUUGUUAUUUUAUGAGGUGGAAUACGUUGAAGGGGGAAGAGAAAACGAUGGAUAAGAGGGGGAAUGCUAAGGAGGAUUUGUGA